AUGAAGGUUGCUGCCGAGGCCUUCAAGAACUUGAGGGUUGUCUCUGUCACCGAGGACGAGAACGGACUGAGCGAUGAGACCAUCGCCGUGCUGAGGUGCUUCAUUGUGCACAUGGUUGAGGAGUUCAACUCCCUGCACUGGGGGAAGCUCUGGAAGAACUUGAACAUCCUCAUCGCUCCGGUUGAGUCUGUUGCGCUUGAGUUGCAGCCCUACUUUGCGGUUGAGUGGCCUAAGACCUGCCAGUACUGGAACUGGAAAGACGUGAAGAAGACCCUCAACAGCCGCCAGCGUGAAGUGUCCAGCAGCUUGGUUGACGGUUGUGCCGUUGGCAUGGUUGGAUCAGACGGGCAUCUUGUCCACAAGCGUUGGAGGAUUGACUGUGACUACGAGACCUCAGUUCUUUGUUUCAACUUCAACUGCAGCCGCAGCCGCGUAGCCACUGCCUCUCGAAGAGUUUUGGCCAGAGUUUUUCUCACCUUUUGCGCUUUUCCAAUGGACGAGCUCCUUUGGCUUCUUGUUGCCGUGAUGGCAGCCUCCGCUGCGGUUUCGAGCUACCUUACUUGGUUGGUCACUUUGUGCGUGGUUGUACCGAGACGGACAGCCAAAGCAAGGGUGCCAGUGGUUGCCGAAGACAGUGAGUCAGAGGGAGAACUUCCCACCGAGCUACCGACCUCACCGCCUUCUACCACUUUGAGCGUUGAAAGCAAGUUUUACGUCUCUUCAGUUGGCAAGACCUUGCACCUCUUUCCCAGCUGCCCGGGGCGUAAUGCCCGUUUGAAGACGUAUCGUGUGUGCAUCAAUUGCAUCAAUCGCCUGACGGUUUCGAAGUUUUCCGCGGAGGCAUGCUAUGCCAUUGCCUCAGCCGUGGCUCGAUCCCGUCUGGACUACGUUGCGGCAGUCUUGGAGACGUACCCCGCCGUACUCCAUGAUACAUGGCCGCCUGGGGGCACCACUUCUGUUGCUACGUGGUUGGCGGCGCAACACUUGGCGUACCUCCUUCUCUGCAUUGAUUGCGUGACACACUUGCCGGGCAGCGCCUCGCCGGUUGACCUCCUCGCUGGGGUGCUCCUGGAUGGUAGUGUAACAUCGCUUCAAGUCCUGGCGGCGGCUGACAUUCGGAUCGAUCUCCGCGCCUUGGCCACGCAGUAUUUGGCGGCUGCCCCUACUUUACCGAGGCGUAGUGUUAUGCGCCUCCUCGGACAUUUGCGGGCUUAUCUUGGCACCUUUUCAGACGUGGAGGCGGACCGGCUCCUCACCGCGCUUUGCGCAACUGACUCUGUUUCUCUCAGGAUUGGCAUGGUCUUUUCCUGCUGGUCGCUUGGAUACAGGGGAGACUGGCUCUUCACUCUCCUUUGCUGCAAUGGCUUAGGCGGUGCUUCAUUCGAGGCUACCGCGUCCCGGAAACGCGACCUGCGAACCCGUGCCAUGGAGUAUCCAGGGGGACAUUUCUCCGUGGAAGUGCAUGAGGACGCAGUCCAAAUCUGCCGGGAUGCGCUCCGCGGUGUGGCGGGCUGGGCGGAUGUGCCGCUGCGGCUGACCGGUCCUGCGCUCUCCCCCUGGACAGCAGAACGGGAGCAUACCUCCGAGUGCAGGUACGCUGGCGUACUCGCGCUGCUGGCCAUCUUGGACAGCCCUUUGUCGCCGCCCUUACAGGACGGUAUUUGGGACCACGCUAUUGCUGCCUUGUGCGAGCAGCACUGGCAAGGAGUCAUACUGCUCCUGGCCAUGCUGCAGGACCAUGAUCUCGUGCUGCUUUUGCUGGCUAAUGGUGCGUGCGCCAACCCGCCGGACACGGGUGGGCAGGUGCGGGCUGACCCAAUGCCGGCAACGGGCUUUCAGCCCCUGCUGUUGUCCACCGCUCGGCGGCUUGAUGAGGCAGUGGUCUACCUCGCGACAUAUCGCGCCGAUCCGCAACUUGCCGCUAGGGAGUCCACUUUGCGUGGAGUAACGGCCUGGGAUUUGGCGGUCCAAUGGCACAUGGAAUACGCCCUAGGAGCCUUCAAAGCGCGUGGUGCCGCUUGCGCAGAUGAGCUGGUGCCGCUCCGGAGUGCUCUUAAUGGGGACUGGAUUGGCUUCCUGACGGCUGGAGGGUCCCGCCCCUUGCAACAGUACGAACUCCAGGAAUACCUGCGGCUGCCGCUCCUUGGCCUCGACGUGUUCCCCUCUGACGAUGGCCUCGGUGUCUGCCGGCGCCACACACUGCCGUCUGAAAUCGCUCGUGACACGGAGUCGGCUCGAGGGCUGCAGCUCCGUGAGCUGUUCUUGGGUCGCAAAUACGACAUUGCGUUGGAUGUGGCAACGUCAUUCCCGACGGUGCUGCGCUCCUCGGCUUAUUGCUGGGGAGCACCGCCCUUGGCGAUGCAUUGGGCCAUUCGCAAUGAUACCUCAGCGGUGGUUCAUAGUGAUUUGGGUAGCCCCUUGGUCUAUGCUAUUGCUAAGUCGUCGGACCUCGCGGUCCAGCUUCUGCUCCGCGCAGUGGCCUGCCCCAACAUGAUGAGUCACGAUGGGCAGGCCCAGCUGCGAACGCCGUUGUAUGUCGCGACCCUGGCUGGUUCGCCGCGUACGGUCAGAUUAUUACUUGCGGCCAGAGCCAACCCUGGGCCGAGCACCAGCGCCCUUGCCUCCCUCAUGCUCCUGGCGUUCCACCGUACUGAUUUCACAGAUCAGCUACCGGCGGUCUUUGCACACUCGGCCAGGAGUAGGCUCUCCGCUGAAGACAUGCAGGAGCUCGCCGCGACGAUGCUCCCCUCUCUGCUAGCGCAUGGGAACUGGCCUCUAUCAUCCGGAGGAGGGAAUGCUGAGGGCAAUUCUGCCCGUCGGCAUAGCUGUCUUACCGCGGUCAUGGCGUCCCCCAGCCACAAGCGAGUGAAGACCAGCAAGGCCAUACGCACGCACGCCAUCCAGGUGGUUCCUGCCAAUCUCUAUGGAUUGGGACCGCUGGCUGCGGCGGGAGAUGCGCUUCCCGGCCCGGCGGGACUCGUCCGCCGGCAGGCGGCGGCCGUGUUUUGCUGGCCGGAGCACUACAUUUUGCUGCUGCGCCCGCGAAGUGCGGCGCCCACAGCUGACCUCGGAAACGAUGCUUUGGUCACCCUUGGAGAAAUCCUGCAGGCACAUUGCCUGGCGUGGAUACACUCCGUGGACUACGGGCGUAUCUUGAAGGCCGCCCUCAGUGCCAUGAACCAUAAACUGGUUGCAUAUGCCUGGGCGCAGGCUACCGAGCAGUGUGCUUCCCUCCUCCUCAUGCGAGCAGACCCGAAUGGACCCGUGGGGGAGUUUGGCACAUGGCUGCCUCUCCAAAGAGCGGUUGUUUCGGACUUUGAGCCAGGAGUCGGCAUGCUGCUGCGGGCCAGGGCCUCUGUGCCGGACGCCUGUCGUGGAGCCAACAAUGUCAUGCUCCUUGCCGUUCGCGCGGAGGCUAGCCGCCUGAUCGCUCUCAUGCUGCGAGCCAGCCCUUGCGAUCAAGUACAGCUGGCUUGUUUGCCGGCUUUGGCUUACACGCUGGCGCGGGAUCGAGGGGCGGAUAUGGCCACCUUGCUCGCGUGCCGUGCGUCGCCGACACAACCCUUGGGAUGCCCGCCAACGGCUGCUAGCAAUUGCUUAGAAGUGUGUGCCGACCGUCCAUUUUCCAAGUGCACCCAAGUAGUGUGCAGCCUUGGCCUCCUCGCGCUUCCGGCCACUAUGGCGCUUGUCCCGAUGACUACGCUUGGGGGCACUUGCCUUGGCCUCGCCCCGCCAACCUCAUCCAAGGAAGACGUUAUCGACAUCCUGGAGCAGGUCUACCACCUCUGUGGAUCUGGAUUUGAGGUGAUGCCCGGAAGGAACACCGAGUCCGGACGUGUGGACGUGCUCCACCUGGUCCGACAAGCCUCUUCGAGCGAGCGAGACAUGGUACGACGUGACCUCGACUCCUUUUUGAGUAGGAGCCACUAUCUCAACGCACAGCGCCUUUUGGAGACUUAUCCGUUCCUGGGCACGGAGCUGUCGGUUGGAUCGGACCUCCCCUGGCAAGCGGGAGAUCGCCCACAUGCGAGUUCGGCGGCCUUUUUGGCUGUGGCGCUCGGCGCGACUGCUAUUGAUUGGUUGCCUGCUGGUCUCACUGCAGGGGACACCCCCGCCCAGCCGUGGGCCCUUACCCACUUCGAUGAUCAAGGUGGUUAUUAA